CGUGGCCAAGCCAUGCCUCCCUGAUAAAGAUGACUAUUUUGAAAUCUCACUUCAGUUUGACAGCACCCGUUUUACCAGUGAGUACUAGAUUCGUGUGCUGUGUUACUUACUCUGGUGGGUUGUUGGUGUUUGUUAUUGUUGUGUGUCACACCGUCUGACAGCUUGAUGAAUUACAACUUAUCGAUGGCUUUUGAAGACCGUUCUAGUCCCAACGCUGGGGCUAGUCCUAAUGGAGCGACGAAUGAUCCUAAUUCGCCGGAAUCUACGAAAACUUCUUCCUACACUUGCAUGACUAUUAAUCACAACCACGAGGAUACUACAUCAAGGAGUUUCGUAUCAAAUACGUAUCCGAUCAAACCUGAAACAGAACGAUCUUUCUUCAGGAUCACCAACUUCGCCCUAAACAGCCCCAAAAGCGAAACCUCCAGGGGAUUCAGAUCCCCCUCGCCCAAUGAAAGCGUUUCGUCGAAAUCAUCAUCAGAACACAACGAACCCUCCAUACAAACGUUGAAAUAUUCCAUAACGAACAUUUUGAAACCGGAAUUCGGCAAAUCAGCAGUAUUGAAAACGAGGAUUCAGCCGAGGGUGAUUUUUAAACCGUACGAGAAGUGCGAGACGAAGCAAACGAACAAUCCGGUGGCUUCGUUGGGAAAUUUGUGCCAGAGUGUGUCUCAGAACAGUAUUGGGAUCAGGAAACAUCCAGAGCCCGUUUCCAGGCCGAAAACUCCUGAAAACGAUUUGACUAAUCCCGAGGAGGAGGAGAAGAAGGACGAAGACGGGAACGUGCCGACUCUUUGGCCCGCUUGGGUUUAUUGCACGAGAUAUUCUGAUCGGCCGAGUUCAGGUCCGAGAUCACGAAGAAUGAAGAAGAGUCCGAAAGCCACCGAAGAUAAGCGACCCAGAACGGCAUUUUCCAGCGCUCAACUGCAACGACUGAAGCACGAGUUCAACGAAAACAGGUACCUAACUGAAAGAAGGCGGCAACAAUUGAGCGCCGAAUUGGGUCUCAACGAAGCCCAAAUAAAAAUUUGGUUCCAGAACAAACGGGCGAAAAUAAAAAAGUCUUCGGGCCAAAAGAACGCCCUCGCUAUCCAAUUGAUGGCCCAAGGGCUGUAUAAUCAUUCGACGGUAGCCUGUGAUGAAGACGACAUGCCAUUGUCGUCUUAAAGUUUAAGAAAUGAGUGGUAAAUUUAGAAAAAAAGUCAAAAAAAAUUAAAUAAAUGCUUAGCAUAUUAAUAAAUUUUACAUAAAAUGUGGUUCACGAUAUUCCACAUCAAUUACGUCCCUGUGAAAAGGAAAUAUCUGUAGACAAUGAAAAAUAUUAAAAAUAAAUGACAAACUUUUGGGAAUAAGGUUUGGUAGUUAAAUUUAUAUUCAGGGAU